GGCGCCACUGAUUUUCUCGUACCUUCUCAAGAUCUAAAGAACACCCCACACCCCAUUCCACCCCAACCCGCCUCAAAAAAUCCGCUUAUUUCACAGCAUAAAUUGCAAAAGCUGCCACAUCAUCUCUACAUUCUCAUCCAUGGCCACUCUUCAAUCCCACCUUUUCUAUUCAUCUAAACUCGUCCAUUUCAAGAACCCCAAUUCAUUUUCAUUCUCCAAGAAACUCUUACUCCUCAAGAAACUGUUUUUGUCCAAGAAUUUUUGUGGGGUUUUGAGUUCAAGAGUUUAUGGGUACUGCAAGGCCAGCAGCAGCAGCAGCAGUAAUAGUAGUAGUACUGAGAUUUAUGAGUCCGUUUCAAGUGAAAAGAGCGAGAAAUAUGAGAAUGAGAGGCCUCCGUUUGAUAUCAAUUUGGCAGUCAUUCUUGCUGGUUUUGCAUUUGAGGCUUACACCACCCCUCCAGAAACAGUGGGCAAGCGUGAGAUGGAUGCCGCAAAUUGUCAAACAGUGUUUCUUUCACAGUACGUUACUUCAUUCUGUCACAAUUAUGAAAUUAGGAAGUCAAAAAACUCUUUUAUAUUAUAUAUAGGAGUAGAGAAUCGAGCCUUUCAGUAUUUCCAGCUUGGUCCAUAA